UGGGUCACUGACGCGGUUUCGAUUCCAGUGAAAAAUGCUCGGGUUCGGACUGUCCCGUGACUGGCGGUGCGAGCAGGCCAGGCCCUCGCCCGCCGAGCCCUAGGACCGCUGCCGCCGACUGCCAUGGAAGACGAGCAGCCCGACAGCUUAGAGGGCUGGGUGCCUGUCCGGGAGGGCCUCUUCGCCGAGCCCGAGAGGCACCGGCUGCGCUUCCUGGUGGCUUGGAACGAAGCGGAGGGCAAGUUCGCUGUGACUUGUCACGACCGCACCGCGCAGCAGCGACGGCGGCGCGAGGGGGCCCGGCUGGGGCCCGAGCCCGAGCCCAAGCCCGAGGCAGCCGUGUCCCCGCCCAGCUGGGCAGGCCUGCUCUCGGCCGCAGGGCUCCGCGGCGCGCACCGGCAGCUGGCGGCGCUGUGGCCGCCUCUGGAGCGCUGCUUCCCGCGGCUGCCGCCGGAGCUGGAUGUGGGCGGCGGCGUCGGGGCCUGGGGUCUGGGGCUCGGGCUGUGGGCUUUGCUGUGGCCGGCGCGCGCGGACCCCGGCGAGGCGGCGCUGCAGGAGCUGUGCGGGCAGCUGGAGCGCUACCUGGGCGCGGCGGCCGACGGCUGCGGCGGCGCCACAGUGCGCGACGCGCUCUUCCCGGCUGAGGGCGGCGCGGCCGACUGCGAGAGCCCGUGCGAGUUCCGGGAGCGGGCCUUGCGCGCGCGGUGGGUCGAGGUGGACGCGCGGCUGCGCCAGGUUAUUCAAGGACACGGAAAAGCCAACACCAUGGUAGCAUUAAUGAAAUUGUACCAAGAGGAAGAUGAAGCGUACCAGGAAUUAGUUACUGUGGCAACCAUCUUCUUCCAGUACUUAUUGCAGCCAUUUAGGGCUAUGCGAGAAGUUGCAACUUUAUGUAAGCUUGAUAUUUUGAAGUCCUUGGAUGAGGAUGACCUAGGUCCUAGAAGGGUGGUUGCCCUGGAGAAAGAAGCUGAAGAAUGGACCAGACGGGCUGAAGAAGCUGUUGUCUCUAUUCAAGAUAUCACAGUGAAUUAUUUUAAGGAGACAGUAAAAGCAUUAGCAGUAAUGCGGAAAGAAAUGGAACAGGAUGCGAAGAGAUUUGGCCAGGCUGCCUGGGCCACAGCAGUUCCCAGGUUGGAAAAACUUAGGCUAAUGCUAGCUCGAGAGACUCUGCAACUCAUGAGAGCGAAAGAGUUGUGUUUAAAUCACAAAAGAGCUGAAAUUCAGGGAAAGAUGGAAGAUCUUCCAGAACAAGAAAAAAAUAUAAAUGUUGUAGAUGAAUUAGAAAUACAAUUUUAUGAAAUUCAGUUAGAACUAUAUGAAGUUAAAUUUGAGAUAUUAAAAAAUGAAGAAAUACUGCUUACUACACAGUUGGACUCCCUUAAAAGACUUAUAAAAGAGAAACAGAAUGAAGUUGUCUAUUACGAUCCAUGUGAAAGUCCAGAGGAACUUAAAGUCAUUGACUGUGUGGUGGGGCUGCAGGAUGAUAAGAAUUUGGAAGUGAAAGAACUCAGAAGGCAGUGCCAGCAGCUGGAGUCUAAACGGGGCAGGAUCUGUGCCAAAAGAGCCUCUCUCCGGAGUAGAAAGGAUCAGUGCAAAGAAAAUCAUCGGCUCAGAUUGCAACAGGCUGAAGAAAGCAUAAGAUACUCUCGUCAGCAUCACAGUAUUCAGAUGAAAAGAGACAAGAUAAAAGAAGAGGAGCAAAAGAAAAAAGAAUGGAUCAACCAAGAACGUCAAAAAACACUCCAACGAUUGAGAGCAUUUAAAGAUAAACACCUAGCUCAAUCUGUCCGAAACACCUCUGGCUCAGAACCUGUGGCUCCAAACCUGCCAGGCGACCUUUCCCAGCAGACAUGCUUGCCAGCUUCCCAGGCUGUGUCAGUAAUUCACCCGUCCUCUAGGAAAACUAGAGGCGUUCCCCUAUCGGAAGCUGGUAACAUGAAAAGCCCCAAGUGUCAAGACUGUCAUGGAAAUAUCCCUGUCCAGGUUUUUGUUCCAGUUGGUGAUCAAACACAUUCCAAAUCCAGUGAGGAACUGUCACUGCCACCACCUCCUCCUCCUCCUCCACCACCCCCCCCCCCCCUACCCCCCCCGCCUCCUCUCCCUGCUCUGUCCUCAUCCUCUCAAGCUGCAACUCAUCAGAACUUAGGCUUCCGGGCUCCAGUGAAAGAUGACCAGCCACUUCCUCUAGUGUGUGAAUCACCUGCUGAGAGACCACGUGACUCCUUGGAAAGUUUUCCAUGUCCAGGAUCUAUGGAUGAAGUGUUGGCCUCCCUAAGGCAUGGCAGAGCUCCUCUCCGGAAGGUGCAAGUGCCAACGAUGCGCCCUCCCCACGCCUCAGUCAAUGAGCACAUUCUGGCUGCCAUAAGGCAAGGGGUCAAACUGAAGAAAGUUCACCCUGAUCUUGGCCAAAACCUCAGCAGCAAACCAACUAGCAACAGACGCACUAGUGACCUUGAGAGGAGCAUCAAGGCCGCACUCCAGAGAAUCAAGAGGGUGUCUGCUGGCUCUGAGGAGGACAGCGAUGAGCAGGACCCUGGCCAGUGGGAUGGUUAGGCUCAAGUUUGACAAAGGUACCUGCCACAGUAGGCUUGAAUAAAGUGGGUGAGGCUAAGACCUAUUGAAAAGCACACUAACAGGGUGCUGGUAGACGGGCCACAUAACAGCCCAGAAGAUCAGCAGGGUCUUGUGUGGGAUGCUGCAGCUUUUUUUUUUUUUUCUUUUUGUUUUUUUGAGACAGUCUCGCUCUGUCGCCCAGGCUGGGGUGCAGUGGCGCGAUCUCGGCUCACUGCCAGCUCCACCUCCCGAGUUCAAGCAAUUCUCUGCCUCAGCCUCCUGAGUAGCUGGGAUUACAGGCACGUGCCAUCAUGCCUGGCUAAUUUUUGUAUAUUUAGUAGAGACAGGGUUUCACCACGUUGGCCAGGCUGGUCUUGAACUCCUGACAUCGUGAUCCACCUGCCUUGGCCUCCCAAAGUGUUGGGAUUACAGACAUGAGCCACCGUGCCUGGCCAAUGCUGCAACUUUUGUGUGACGCAGUGACUCUUAAAACUGGGGAGGGAAGUAGAAAUGAGAGUUGCACACACCAGCCCAUAGGUGGGAUGUCAAGACCCAAUCGGAAGUGUCGGUGGCCUAAGAGAAGAGCACUUACUUCUCACCAUGGGUGAUCUAGAAUUGUUCCCUGAUUCUGAAAGAAGUUUACACUACUCUGGUAAGCAGCACUAUUAGACUGCUGACUGUGGCCUCCUGUGUAUAUGGAAUAGUGAUUUCUCAGAUUUAUAGGUUUGAAUGUGAAUGUUAUUUUAUCAAUAAUCAGAAUAAAUUGCUUAUAUUCAGCAGUUAUUUUAAA